CUAAGAGCGGUGAUCAACUGUGCGGUUUUGGAGUGGGUGACUAAUUCCGAGGUAGUGAAAAUUGCCAUGAGCUCUAGUCACUGACAUCGAACGCAACCAGUCCUGAAAUGAGUCGCUUUAAGAGAAAACAGAGCCAGGUUUUCUGGAAGUACAUGGAGUCCCAGGACCUCGGCCUGCCGCGCGAGACGGACCUUCUCAAGCCAAGGGAAAUCCUCGAGCUUCCGGCACCGCUGGACGAUGGGGAGGAAAAGCUCGCGGCCGGAGGGGUCGCGGAGGGCUCUGAAGACUGGAAUGAGCCGCGGGACCGGGAGAGAUCGGCGAGUCCGAGAAGCUACAUCGGCCAUCGAAGCCAAGACUCAGGGUUCUCGGACUCGGAACGCUCGGAGGAGUCGGGGGUUGACGCGUACGCUUCCCGCGUCGAGAGGCUGCGCCGCGCACGGACCAGGAAGUCACGACGACGGAGGAUUUCCGAGGAUCGGGAGAGUGAGGAACGCCUCUCUCCUGCGAGGGAAGAGAGGGACCAGCGCUGCGCCGCUGUUAAGAGGCUCGACUCGCUCUGGGCACCCACCGAGCUUCCUCCGCACCCCAGACACACGUCGACCCCUAAAACUGGCGAUCGUCGCGGCCGGAAGGUUUCCGCGUCGCUGCCGCGCGGCUCCAGAAGACGAGGCGUUGAUAAGCGGCGAGAGACUUCAGUUGCUGUUUUCGACCGGCGAGACGCGGACAAUGACGAUGAAGAGGCCGAGGACGAUGCUCGAGUGCCUCGAAUGAUCGGAGUGUCUAUGGCGGACGGAGAGUGCCUGGGAGAUUUUUUGUACGCCAGCGAGCCGCCGGAGGACGUUUUCCAGGCGUCGGAGUCCGCGACGACGUCUUCCGGAGCGGUACGACGGUCGUCGACGCAUCGGACUGGUGAAAAUUCCAACGGACAAUUUGCGCCGGUCAAGUCAUGGCUAAACCUUCUCGCCGUGGAGACCGAGGGCGAGUGCGGUGCUACUUUGCAGAGCAAAGCUUUGCCCAGAAUCAGAACUCCCUGUAGCAGUUACGGUGGCAGUACGACCAGCCUUCAACACUGUAUCCAAGGCCGGGACUCCACCCUCCUCACCGCCUCCGCGACCGCCGCUGCGACGAAACUAUUGGCUAAGGUUGAGCAGUUCCAUCAACGGUAUCAAUCCGCUUUGAAAGAGCUAAACAGUCCUGGUAGCGAGAGAUCAGAGCGCGGUUUGAUACAGUCGCUCGAGGAAGAGGCGUUCCUGCUGCUCUCGGAACUCGGAGCCCCGCCGCCUCAGAGAGUGCGCAACUUGACCAGUUCGAAAGAAGUUCUUCGGCAGCUCAGAGAACUGCAAAACGAAUUGGACCACGUUGUGGAUGCCCGUCUAGAUUUCUACGUCGAGCGGAUCGUCCGUGGGCUGGAAGAGGCGCCGAGAGAGGAUGGGAUCGCGGCGCGAGGCGCGCUGGCGGGGUUGACGGCACUGGGUCUGGGUCCAGGGGGUCGAAGAGGUGGACGAAGCGUCGCGCGAUGUUCGGGGGUGCGAACGCUGCUGACGGCGUUGAUUUCGGUGCGGGGGCAGUCCAGCGGAUCGAGGGAUUCGCGGGUUGCAUGCCUGCGCGCCCUCGGUAGCGUCUGCUGCUGCGCCGAGGCGAUAGAGCAGCUGGCUGCGCACGGCGGCGCUGAGAUCUUGGCGGACCUUCUGAGCUCAGAGGCGGCCCCGGAAGCCGAGAAGAUGGAGGCCACGGCCCUCGUCGUGCAGAUAACGGCGCCCUGGACUGACGCCUUGGGGCUUCCCCACCUGGAGCCCUUCGCCGAGGAACUGGUUCGGUCUUUGACCCUCCUCGCCGAGGAUACCGCCUGCUCGCAGACGCUGCUACUGGCCGCGGCGGCCUUGAACAAUUUAGCGCGGUCCCCACGAUGUGCGGGCCCAAUGGUGGCCCGGAAGACGGUCGCCUCUCUGCUCAGGAGUGUGCGGCGUUCGGGGGGCGGAAGCAUCUGCCUUAUGGAGCAGGUCGCGGCCCUGAUCGGCGAGCUAGCGAGAUCCUCGCAGCUCCAUCCACACUUGGCGGAGGCCAGAGCGUCCGUAGCGCUGGUAUGUUUUCUCAGGAUGAGACCUCCCGGCCUCGAAGAUGCUUACAGGAAACUCGAGGCCACCGCCUCCGAGGCCCUCGCAAGGCUUUGCGUACACCGCGAGGUUGCCCAACAGGUCGUCGACGUCGGUGCCAUAAAUUGCGUUAUGCCUUACAAUCAGGUGCCCACCACGGACUUGUCGACGGUCAGAAAAGCCCCGAACAAUCGGUACACUCGGUCUCUCAGGAUCGCCUGCAAGAGAGCCGCCGAACAAAUUGACGCCGCCAAAGCUUCCGAUCGAGCUUGCACUUUGGAUCGUCGUUGAUUUUGAAAAGAGGCAUUGGAUCUGAGGACGGUGGAAAUUGAGUGAUAAGACAUCGGAAAAUAUUUUAACACUGAGAUAAUGUGAUAGAGGAAAGAGUGAUUGACGAGCAAAUCCGGCGUUGUACUCAGUUUAUAGAUAUAUCACAACGAAUAAUAAUAGUAAUAAUAAUUAUAUGUAUAUUUGUAUAAUGAUUAUCGAUACGUUAUAUCAUAAAAUAUUUAUAGUUAUCGUGUUAACUGACAACUAGCGUCGAGAUAAUAAUAAUCGAAGAGAUGGCUGAAAUUACAAGACUCUGAAUCGAAAGUUACACAUAUGGUUGUCAGAAAACCUUUCGAGUAACUUCGUAUCUGUGUAAUUUAGUUCCAGUAUUUUCGCGUGGAUACAUCGAAUAAUAAAUUAUACAGUAAAAUCUAUACCUAGGAGGUUUCCAAGUUUUAUCAGCUCGUUUUUUACAUACUUUAUGGAUAAAAAACUGUACUGUGAAUAAUUGAUUCGCAGCACAUUAUACAUGAAUGUAAAUUUGCAAUAGACUAGGCUUACGACUCAUGUGCCAUAUUUUGCAAUACACCCAGUAUAAAGUAUAAGUAACGACUUAUGCGCAUUGGUACUUAUUUCUAUAACAUGUUCGUAUUCAUAUAAUUAUAUAACGCGUAAAUUUUCAUCCGUACUUUUACUUGUGAAUGUAGAGAGACAGAUAGAGAGAGAACAGAAAUUUUGCGAGUGGUGUCGUUUGGAUGAAUAAAACUUUAUA